AUGGACACAGCCGACACCCGCGGAACACUGCGCUUUGUCGUCUUGGUGUGCUGGCGUGGUGUUUUGCGUCAGGGUCCUGUCGAGGAGGUCACGUCUCCGAGCGACAUCACUGCGAUGGCUCUGUACGAUUUUGCGGCUUCCCAAGACGACGAGCUGUCGUUCAAAGCUGGCGAUGAGAUCUGCGACAUCAACAAAUUCGACGAGGCAUGGUGGUCCGGUCGCAUUGGUAACCGGGUUGGCAUCUUCCCCGCCAAUUAUGUUUCCGAAAACUAG